UGGACGUACGCGCAUACAGCUGCUAUAAGCGACCACUCUACACUUGAUUGGAAGCAAGUAACCAGCGUCUAUGCUCUCGUUCUCGGCAUUCAAGCUCUCUUCCAAGCCAUUGUUGCUUGUCGGCGAGAAGUCCCGCUUGUCCAAGGACUUUCUGGUCAAUCUACUGAAGCUUGACGACAAGGCUGCUGCACGCUUGAGCCUUGCUACCAAGGCCUUCACCGCGAAUGCUACAACCGUUGUAGAGCAUGAAUCUGGAACUGAUCAGUUGGUGAAGCUGGCCUACCUGUCAAACGAGACGUCUCGCUACAUGGGCAUCAUUCGCGCAGAUUUGAUUCCGAAAUUGGUCUCUAGCAAUUUGCCAGACUCUGAUCAGCCAUGCCAGGUGGUCAUGUGCUUGAAGAACAAGGCUGAAGUCUUUGCAGCUUCGUCUGCUGUGGCAAAGGCAUUCCCCUUGUAUACGAAACGGUCUGCAAAUCUCAAAAAGUUGGAAGCCAAGGUUGACAUUUCGUUCUUGCUUCAAGAAGGUGAGGUGACAACGGAUGAGUUGGACAAGGCUGAGAAGCUGGCAGAGAAUGUGCGUCUUACACAGAGCUUGGUCGAUACGCCACCAACUGAUCUCAACCCAGAGGAAUAUGGAGCUCGCAUCGCAAAGCACAUUGAGGGUAUGGAGCACGUUACGUCUGAGUUCAUUGUAGGCGAAGAAUUGAAGAAACAAGGCAUGGAAGCUCUUUACUCUGUCGGCAAGGCAGCUAUUCACCCAGCUCGCAUGAUCGUGCUCAAGUACGAAACCCCUCAGAGCGACAAGUCCAAAGCAAUUGCAUUUGUGGGCAAGGGUAUCACCUACGAUACUGGUGGUCUCAGUAUCAAAACAGGAGGCAACAUGUGCAACAUGAAGACCGAUAUGGGUGGAUCAGCGGCAUGCCUUGGUGCAUUCACGUACCUGUGGUCAAUCAAAUACCCUCAUCCAGUUUACGCAACGCUGUGCAUUGCUGAAAACGCAGUGGGCCCUGGAUCUCUCAAGAACGAUGAUAUCAUCCGGGCCAAAUCAGGCAAGACCAUCGAAAUCAACAAUACGGAUGCCGAAGGACGUCUCGUCCUGGCGGACGGAGUUGCCUUCUCAGGAGGUCUUAAGCCGUCUGUGAUGCUCAGCGUGGCAACUCUCACGGGAGCACAGAUGGUUGCCGCUGGACAGCUUCACGCUGGUGUUCUUGCCCCAACAUAUGAAUUGGAGCGAGAGCUCAUGGAUGCCGGUGUGCAAAGCGGUGACCUGACAACGCCGCUUGUCUAUGCGCCGGUCCUCAUGGAAGAGUUCAAGUCAGAGGUUGCGGACAUGAAGAACAGCGUCGCCAACAGAAUGAAUGCACAGGCAAGUUGCGCUGGGCACUUUAUUGAACAACAUGUCCCAGAAGAUUGCCUAUGGGCGCACAUCGACAUGGCUGGGCCGAGUACAUACCGGAAUGGCUGCGCAACUGGUUACGGAGUGGGUCUACUGGCUCAAUUCGCUUUGAACCGCAAGUGAGCUCCAAUCAUUGGGAUUAUGUGCUAGAAUGUCCUUUGCACAGAGCACCAUCCGUACGAAUGGACAUCCAAGUCUGUCUGGCAUUAUUGGGUAUACAUGUAUAGCAUAAAGUCAUGAGUAUAGAUUGCAUGUUCCACCGCU